GAUGCUAUGCGUGCUGUGUGGACCCAGCUAUCUCCAUCCACUCUACAGCAUCAGCGUCCCGCUAACAGCCCAGAAACUGCACCGUCCGGCGGGAACCCGCUGACGAAGCACCGCCCGGCUGAGCUAGCCCGCCCGGCGCAUGGACGCUCCAGCACAAUGGCAGAGGAUUUGGGGGUGCCUCUGUUGUGUACCAACAACAGGUCGCAUGGAUAAUCCCCUCCACAACCCUCCCGUAUCAUCUCGUGUUUGGGAUGAUUAGAGCGCCGCUGUCGGCUUGAUGUGGCAGGAGAGCCGUGCAGGAGCGGGGCUGCUCGUCCUGGCUGUCGACUGAGAGCAAAACGGCGUGGAGCAGGUGUAGAGUGGCUGGGGGGCUCAGCAGGAUGGAAAUAGAUGCCCGUUUUCGCUACUAUUUCCAGCACCCGUGGUCGCGUCUCAUCGUGGCCUACCUCGUCACCUUCUUCAACUUCCUCAUCUUCGCCGAGGACCCCGUCUCUCACAGUCAGACGGAGGCGCACAUGAUCGUGGUGGGCAACUGUUUCUCCUUCCUGUUCAACAAGUACCCGGGCCUCGGAUGGAACAUCCUGAAAGUAAUCUGCUGGAUACUGGCCAUUAUCACUGGCCUGGUAGCCGGGAAGUUUAUAUUCCACCGCCAGCUCUUUGGUCGAUACCUGCGCCUGAAAAUGUUCCGCGAGGAUCAUGGCUCCUGGAUGACCAUGUUCUUCAGCACCAUCCUCUUCCUCUUCAUCUUCUCACACAUCUACAACCUUUUCCUGCUGAUGGCUGGGAGCAUGGAGCCUCACAUGGUGACAGAGUACAUGGGCAUCAGGAAUGAGAGCUUUAUGAAGAUUGCUGCGGUGGGAACGUGGAUGGGAGACUUUGUCACUGCUUGGAUGGUGACAGAUAUGAUGCUCCAGGAUCAGCACUACCCAGACUGGGGCAAAGCAGCCAGGAGGUUCUGGAAACAAGGCAACAACAGGAUCGUCCUCUUCUGGACAGUGCUCAUCUCUCUGACGUCGGUGGUGGUUCUCGUCAUCAGCACCGACUGGAUCAGCUGGGACAACCUGAACCGAGGCUUCCUGCCCAGCGACGAGGUCUCCAGAGCUUUCCUGGCCUCCUUCAUUUUGGUCUUCGACCUUCUCAUUGUCAUGCAGGACUGGGAGUUCCCUCACUUCAUGGGUGACCUGGAUAUGAAUCUACCAGGAAUGUCAACAACGCAUGUGAAGGUCAAGCUUCCUGUCUGCAAGAGCAUCUUUAAAGAGGAGUACCACAUUCAUAUCACAGGUAAGUGGUUCAACUACGGUAUCAUCUUCCUUGUGCUGAUUUUGGACCUGAACAUGUGGAAGAACCAGAUCUUCUACAAGCCCUAUGAGUACGGCCAGUAUGUCGGGCCCGGCGAGAAGAUCUUCACAGUAGAGGAGCCAGAAACGCUCAGCUUCUUCAACCACAGCACUCUCACCUACGAGUGGCGCUCCACCAACAUCGAUCCCAACAGCAACGUCACCUACGUGCAGCGGGACAUGUUCCUCCACAGCCGCUACACUGGCGCCAGCCUGGACGUCAAGUGCCUGGCUUUCAUCCCGAGCCUGGCGGCGUUUGUUCUCUUCGGGUUCUUCAUCUGGUUGUUUGGGCGAUUUCAGGACAGCGAGACCUUCACAGAAAACCAAGACAAGACGUAUGAGAGGAUAAAGAGGAAGUCGCCGUCGGAGUACAGCAAGGAGAUGGGCGUGACACCAGAGGAGGUGCAUGGUACCAUGAGUGACAGCCUGAAACGAGCAGGGACGCCCAUGCUUCUCUCAGUGGACGGGCCGCACUUUGGAGCGACGCCCUCUACGAACUCGACUAUUUCUAUGGAAACCCAAGAGACACAUCCGAGCAUUGUGAUUGACAGCGUAGAGCAGGAGGAACCAGCAGUCUCUUUUGAUGUCCACAAGCUCUCUCCGUGACCUUAUGAACUCCUGACACUUUGAAGUCUGUAACUGCAGGACAGGUUGAAAAGGAGAGCUUAAGAUGCAGUUCGUCAAGCACUUCAACCGUCGCUUUUCUUCAGAUAAAGCCAAGCUGCAACAGGAGUUGACCACAACUGCUCCUUCAGGAGAAGGACAAAGUGAUGUUACAAGAUCACUGGAGACAGUCCUGAUGGCGACUGCAUUGAAUAUAUUUUUGUAAAACGAUCUUUUUAAAAAGCCUCUAAUACAGCACCGAUUCUGAUAACAAACGUCUUUUGACACAAAAUGCAAACGCUACACUGACAUGGUGCUCACUCGGAUUUUGCAUUUUCAUAAUUCAAUUUUGUCACGGGAAACUAUUUUGGUGCCUAUAUCAGAGGAGUAUUUGUACAGUCGUGACACUGCAGUCAGGUGGAUCACACCAGUGUUACAGCUACACUAGUGCCUUGAUAUUUCAUAUCUUUAAAUACAGACAGAAUCCUGUUCAGUCUAUACUGCUACUAUAGGCAACAAAAUGGAAGAUGUCCUAGUUACAACCUGCUAUAUUAAAGGGACAAUUCACCCCAAAUCAAAAAUACUUAUUUUUCCUUGUACCUGCAAUUCAUUAACUUUUUUUAAAGUGCUAAUUAUGUCUGCAAAGGAAAACUAUGUCAGCAUCUGUUUGAUCUAAUAAGAUGAAAUUUAUGUUUUUCUCAUCUCACUUCAGUCUUUUGCAGCAAACUGUAUCUACUGGACUGAAAAAGAAAUUUAUUAGAAAUUUAUUACCACAAGCCGAGUACCAUCUGGUCUCAUUAUGUUGGAGAGAAGGCAAACAUCUCUACAGUCGAUAUCUCCAACACUCUGCAACUCACACCAAAACAAUCUAGACUGAUAAAUAGCACCACAGGUAAGAGGCAAUAUAUGUAUUUUUGAAUUUUGGGGUGAACUGUCCCUUUAAUGUCUUAUAUAUGCUUACAUCUUAUACAGACAAGUGUUACCUCAUUUGAUCCUAAGACUUAAUCGUUUUUAUUUAUUCUCAUGUGGCGUCAGUCUUACCCUCACUCCUUGUUGAAACGACAUGAUUAUGAACAUCAGUGUACUUUGAUGACCUGUUCAUAUCCCCCUCACUUAAUAUUAGUUGCAGAGAUAAUAAAUGCAAUCAGCUAAGAUCAAAUAUCUAACCAACAAGCCACCUCAUGAUUGCUUAUGUGGCUGCUGCACCUGGACUGAAUACCAACAGUGUUGGAAAGGUGGUUUUGCCCUUGGCAUAAACAUGCCAUUGAAGUGCAGGAGAGGCUUCUGCUCCAAAGCUCAGGGCUUCUUUAUGUCUAGAUAAACCUUAACAGUUUUAAAAGCAGUUUUGCAGUCAUGGUAAAUGCAUGAAAAAUUAUUUAUUUAUUUGAAACAUUAUCCAAGUGUAAAAAAAAAAAAAAAAAAAUCCCUGAUGUUUGAACGCAACUGAAACCUGCAGCAUUUAUCUUUACACUGGCUUUGAAACUGUUCACUGCCCUUUUACAUAUUUUCCUAUGCUACAAAGUCUCUUUAAAAUACAUAUAUUUGGAGUUUUUGGUCCAAAACAGUAUGCCCUUCAGGGGUUUUUUUUUUCAGUCAAGUGCAAAUACUAACUUUGACUUGCAUCAUAUGAGUUUGGCAUUUUUCAGUAAGUACAUAAAAUUUGACCAAAGAUACCAAAUAAUUCAGUAUUUUGAAUAAAUAUUGCUGCAUAAGUUGAUAUGCUAAUUUAAAAGAGAUAUAUAAAUGACAGAAUGGAAUGAUAUUAAAUGUUUUUGUAUCACUCUGCAUUAUAAUGGACUGAAAUGUACUAUAAUGUCCUGGAAAAUUAUUUCCCAAAAAAGAGGGAACUAUCAAAAAUAACCACAUCCUUUCCUCCCUAACAACUCAGUCGUGAGUUUUGUUCAACAUUAUUAUGAGUAAUGUAGCCCGGAGUGUGCCACCAGAUUGGUUAAAGACUUCUGCAGUGUUUAAUUAUAAUCAAUUAAUACAUUUGAAAAGGCUGUUUUAAAUCAUUUAAUUAAAUUUGCUGGCAUUUAUAUAUUUAUAUACUUAAGUAAAAAUAAUGAUGAUUAAAAGAUCAUUAUAUUUACCAAUUAAUGAUUCACAUUUUUUUAUUCUGUCUGUAAGUGAUAAAUUAAAUUAAAACGUCAAAAUUUAUUUAAAAAGGCUUUUAUAGUUGACUUUUUAUAUUCCAUUUACUUAUGUGUCUGCCUAACAUCGUGCAUCUCAUAAUUCGUUUUUCUGCUGCUUUAACAUGUGCUCAAAUUUAAAGAUGUCUCUCUAUAACUUUAAGAUGUGUGAGCGCAUCUUAAAGUAAAAUUAGCCCAUUUUCAGAAUUCAUAUUUUUAUUCCUAUGGUCUGAGACAUGUUCACAAAAAUUUGUCUCGCAAAUCCAAAAACUAGAGUGCUACAACUCAAAUGUGUGAUAUCAUAGGGUAUUAAGUCUGGAGCUGCUCCAUAGAAAAUUAAUUGGGAAAAAUGUUAUAGAUGAGACUGAGAGCACCCAAUGGGAUGUUGUGAGUAUAUGGGUACAUUCUCUGUUUCAGACCUGGGAACACUACAACAGAAUAAAGAUCAUUUGGGGCUCCCAAAACAGGCUUAAUCAGGCUCCCAUUCAUUUUCUAUGAAGCAGCUCCAGACUUUAUACACUAUGACAUGACAAGUUUGAGAGAGAGUAGCACAUGUUCACAGAUAUUGAUUGAACUUUUCUGGGCCAUGGAAAUAACAUAUUGGAAUUCUUAAGGGUAUGAUCACACAUGAGCGAAUUCAGGAGAGUGUCAAUCAGCUGCCAAUACAAUAAUGUGGGCAGUGCUGAUUGUUACCAUAGAUAUAUAAUAAUAACUAGUCCAUACCCACUGAGUGCACAGUUGCCCACGUACAGUUUCUCAUGGUGUGUGUUUGGGAUACAGGUCAUAGGAAAUUGCAGAUUAAAUAGUCAACUGAACCCAUUAAGAAGAGCAAUGUAUUGAAUUUGAUAGUACGAUUGCUUUAUUGAAAGUACAGUAGUACCAUUGCCAAUAGUGGGAUAGUUAGUGGGCUAAAACUGUACAUUAGUAGUUGAGGUAGCACGUUGAAAGGCAGAUAGUUAAAGUCAUUGCCUUAUAGAAGCUCAGUUUUAGUAAGUUUUCCAACUUUUGCCAAGAGGGAACUUUAGAUAUUGGUCCCUAGAUUAUGUUCACCUAGUUUCAUGCAGAUCGCUCAAACUUCCUAGGAAGAGAUCGAUUUUAAGUGUUUUUCAAAAAAUUAAAAAUGGCGGAAAAUCUAUAUAACCGGAAGUUAUGGGUUCUUGAGGCAGAUUUGUUCUUCAUGAGGAGAGGCAUCUCUGUGCAAAGUUUCAUGUCUCUCUGACAUACAGGGCAUGAGAUAUGCCCAUUCAAAGUUUGCAAUUUCAGUCGGUUGCUAUAGCGCCCCCCUUUGGCCAAUUGAUGUAAUAGUGCUUCAUUCGCAUCCUCCCAUGACCCUUUACCACUGUGCCAAAUUUCAUUCUUUAUAGAGUAAGACUAGUUAAUUUCAAUGAAAACUACCUACCUGGUGCAUACACCAAAAAAAGUUACUGGCUUUUGGGUUUACCUCCGCAGUAUGCAGCCCACUGAAUAUGCCCAGUUGGAUUGUAUUUCUCCCACUCGGCCCAUAGACUUUAAGUUGUGAUGAUGUCACAGAUUUUUAAUAUCUUUUUUCUCAGCUUGAGGAAAGUUUAACAGAUAUGAAACCUCCAUAGAUAAAAAAUGCACAAUGAAAACAGUCAUAAUUGACCUUGUUUGCAGUUCGAGGUGUCCUAUCAGCAGUGUUUCAGAUGUCUCUUAUAUAAUGGUGGUCAAUGGGGAAAAAUGCUUUUUUAAGCUACAGUGGAUUUUGUCACUGCAAUACCGUGAGUGGCCACUGGGAAACACUGGAAGCAAGGCUGAGCUUCGUUCCUUGAGGCCUGGUUGUGACGUGCACGGAAAGCUAGCUUGCUAAUAAAUACCGCAAAAUAUGAUGUUAUUGGUGCAUUUUUGUUUUUCGUACAUACCACAGCCAGGCAGCAUCUCUCAUGUUGGACGGUUUGUAUUUUAAAGCCAAUAUCUAAAAUAUCGUCCGAUGAAACAGCAAAAAUAAGUGUCUCCUCCAUGCAUACUCCUUUGCUAUUGGUUGAGGCUGCAACUCUGCAGGUCAAAGGUCACCACAGUUGAACUCCUCAGCUUGCAGUGAAAGGAAGUGAUUGGAAGGUGAAUAUUUGACAGUGUUGCUCAUGUGUGACAGUACCUUAAAGCUGAAUCUAAAGCAGCAGCACAGAGAGCUCUGACUGGCCAGCUGCUAUGUAUCAGCAGGGGUUGGCCCAGUCUGAGCGUCUGAUGCUGCUCAGUGGGGAGCAUUUCAUUUAAUUUUUAGGUGGCACACUGCUUACGUGUGUUCAAUGUCAUUAUUAUUACACCAUUCAAAAUUACCUUUGUGUAAUCAAUGUGUUAAUUCAUUAGUUGAUUAUAUAUAACACUGUAAAACUUGAUGAUUGCUCUGGUGCCACACUCCAGAAACCGUACAGGAAUUCCCUGUGUGUAUGAGUGUGUAUGAGUGUGUAUGAGUGUGUGUGCGUGUGUGUGUGUGUGUGUGUGUGUGUGUGUGUGUGCGCAUUGUGGAGGCAGAGGUGUCUCUUUGUGUCUGUAAAGGAUGUUUUAUACUUAAUAGUGCAUGUUGUGCGUGUGUGUGUGUGUGUGUGUGUGUGAGAAUGUGUGCACUGGAGGCUUAUGAAGUGCGUAGGUGUUUGCUACUACACUUGUUUUUGACAAAGGCCAUUCUGUGAAGAGGUCAAUUUAUUUAGCAUAAUUGGUUUGCAGCUCUUGGUUCUGUAAUUAUCCUUUUAUACAUUACAGCUCUAUGAGGACAUUAGAUAUUAGUGUCUCACCAAAGGGCAGAACCUCUCUGGACUUGAACGGGCUCUAAUCUGUUUGUAAUGUAUUGUGUUUCGGUUUAAAGUGAGGGUUUGCCUCUUUGUUGUUAAUAUUUUUCAUUGAAUUGUGUUGCAAAACUGACACUUCCUUCAGUCCCUGUGUGUUUGUGCUUUUCUUUUAAAGCAGAGGAAAUCUCCUUUCAGUGUCUGCUCAGUGUAUUGUACGUCUGUUGAACCUUGUGUUACCAAUAAAUUAAUA